GCUCGUUGUUCAUGGGGAUUGUCCUGGUGACGUCAUGGCGGUCGAUGCUUUGGCCAGCGGUAUCCGUUUACCCAAUAGACUGCGCGCCGGAAAAGCUACACGAUAGCAAAGAACUUGGUGAAAUCAAAACAUCUGUGCGGCAUGCAUUCAUCCUCAUUGUGCGGAUUCACAGACAGAUUGGAGCAUCGCCUUCAAGGUGUUUAAGGGACGGAGGACCUGCUGACCAAAGAUCACAGUGAAACUAGCGGGUUUGCCUUGUCAACUACUAGGCUAACAUUGGGCCCAGCAAGCAGUAGCGGUGGAGCUAACUUUGUGCUAACAGAAACACAAGCUGUGGCACUAGAGCGAAUCAGGAGGGGGCAUAAUGUCAGCUGACUGGUGUCAUAUGACAUCGAAGUGAUGGUUAUGAAGAAUGAGUGAUGACCUCUGUGGUGGUGUCAGAUGGCGGUGGGAAUAUUGUGGAGUAUGUUACCAUGGUGGAGGAGCCACAACAGUGUGAGCAGCAGCCAGCCGAGGAGGAGGAUGACGAAGUCAUUCAGCAGGAGAUAGAAGCAGUAAUUGUGGAUGGCGGUGAAGAGGUGGAGGAAGAGGAAGGUGUGGAAGUGCAGGAUGAUGGCUGUCCAGCAGUGAUUGUGGAGGAGUUGCCUGGUGCCCAGGUGGAAGAGUGUUACUCUGCGCAGGUUCUGGUCUAUGAUGACGAAACUUACAUCAUGCAGGAUGUGGCUGAGGAGCAGGAGGUGGUCACAGAAGUGGCAGAGACUGUGGAGAUGUCCGGUCAGGACAUGGUGUGUUUUGAUAAAACCUUUGAAGCAGCUGAAGCUCUUCUGCAUAUGGAAUCUCCUGGAGGACUACAUGGCCGCAAUACAGCAGAAGAUGUGAUGAUGGAGACAGUGGUGGAGGUUUCUACAGAGUGUGGAUCCAUAGAGGAGGAGGAAUCCUUCCCCAUCCCGCCUGAUUGUGAACCUGUUGCCAAGAAGAAGAGAGGAGGUGGACGUAAGACAAAGAUGCAUCAACCUCCAUCCAAUGGCUCCUUUGACAUGGGGAUAAAAAAGAGACCGAGGGAGGGAAAAGGCAAUACCACUUACCUGUGGGAGUUCCUACUGGAGUUGUUGCAGGACAAAAACACCUGUCCAAGAUACAUCAAGUGGAUGCAGAGAGAAAAGGGCAUCUUUAAACUGGUUGACUCCAAGGCGGUGUCCAAACUGUGGGGAAAACACAAGAACAAGCCUGAUAUGAACUAUGAAACAAUGGGUCGAGCCCUAAGAUAUUAUUACCAGCGUGGCAUCCUUGCAAAAGUGGAGGGUCAGAGGUUGGCCUACCAGUUUAAGGACAUGCCAAAGAACAUUCGCGUUAUUGAUGAUAAUGAUGAAGGCGAAGACAGUGAGGGCAUGUUGUCCAGCCAGCAGGGUCCAGAAAUCCUGGGCACAAACGUUCCUGCUGCCUCCCACUCUCAACAAACCUAUGUCACCAUCAUCCCCAGUAAUUCCACCACAAGGUCCAUUCGCACCAUGCCUGUGGUAAUGACUAACUCGCUUGGCCAGGUAACAUUAAACUCCUCCCCAGUACUAACCACAGCUACAGGAGCCCCAGUUACAGUAGCCAGUGCUAGCGCCCCUCCAAAACUUGUCAUUCAGGCCCUGCCCACCAUGCUGCCUACUGGCUCCAAAGCAGGGGAGAAAAUAACAAUUAUCACCAUCCCAGCAAACCAGCUAGCCACGCUAAUGCAGGCAAAUCCAUCAGGCCAGGUGACUCAGCUCGUACAGGCCAAACCUGUCACCGCACAUCUUACUCAGGCUGGUACCAAAGCAGCCACCACCUCCAUGGUCCAGCUAGCAGCGGGCACGUCGGUGCCACAGCUCAUCCUAGCCAAACCGCAGCUUUCUGUGCAGCAUGUCCAAAGUCCCCCCCAGCUAAAGAAGUCCUCCAGGAGUCCGUCAGAAGCAACACAAUCAGAGGGUCCGCCCCCCACCAGUCAACCAGCAGUAGCAGAAGAAAGCUCAGCUUCCUGAGAACUCAAACUUGAGCUGGGAUGGGGUGGGGGAACAUGACAGACUGUAAAUGCUCCUCUGGAAAGCAAGUCAUAUACCCCAUCCACCCCCACCCAUUACACAGCAGCACUCUUUGACUGUCACGGGCUGUUCUCAUGAAGGAGACUUUCAAACCCCACACAGGAUGAAAGGGACAAGAUGGGCAGCCUUAGAUUGUAAAUGAAACAGUUGCUCUUUGUAUUCAAACAGUAUAAUAAUUGCCUGAAACACAUUGUUAUAAAUGGAAAUGUACAGAGCAUUUUGAUACGCAGCAAAUACGUUUUUUUCUGUGUUUGGUUGAGUUUUAGUUAAAUUCAUCUUUGUUUUACAUAGCUGUCUAAAGUCCUUCCCCUGCACCAUUGGGUCUCAUAAAGUCUUUUUUUUUUACUGCCAUUUAAAAAGGGAGUGAAAGGAUGUCUACGCCCAAAUAAAAGAACUCAAAACUGUACUUCACACAUGAAGUAUAAUAUACAUUAUUUUCUAUGUACUAUGAGUGUAUUGAAGUAAAUUUUACAGAAAUGUGUUAUUGAAAGGACAUUUGAAUGGUUUUCAUUCUCGGCCAUCCUUAUUUUCAGGACAUAUUCACACUGAACAUAAUAUAUACACUAUAUACACACACACACAGUUACAAAUAUGUACAUGGAUUGUAUAAAAAAAAAUAAACAAAGCGCAGGUGCAAAAAGAGUUGAAUACACUUUGCAGACACAUAAGGUUGAGCAAUACUGCAGAUUUUUGAAUCGAUCCGAUGGUAAGUGUAAACAGGCGAGUAUUGGAGAUUCUGAUACUUUUUACUUUUUAUUUGUCAAGAUACUUGAAUGAUUUUGUGAUUUUUUUUUUCCUUCAAUAUGUUGGUCGUGAUAAUAGCCAAAAUAAAAUACAUGACAGAUUUUUGGGGGAAAAAAGCUAUCGAUGAUCUAUGAUUUGGCAACAUACAUAAUAUAUAUUUGCAUUAGAAAAAUACAAGACAAUGUAACUAUCAACACAGUUACUGGAUUCUAAGCAAAAUAGACUCAAUAGUGCCAAUAUGUAAACAAAAGCAAAAACUAGUAUUGGCUCUCAUUCAAAUCUUGUGGCUUUUCGCCCACAAAGCCCUCCUGACUACAUGAACUUAUUACCUGAGGUGAGUUUUCAUCCACUAUGUACAACAUACAAACAAUUACUACAAUGUAAUAAUUUGAACAACAACAACAGAUAUUUGUGAAAAUAAAAGU